AUGUCGAUUGUGGCUGAAGAGCAAAAUCAUAGAGAACAUAUAUCAUCACCAAAAUCGAAUCGAAGAAAUAUUUUUUCAUUUUACGUUUCUUCGCUCAAUGACAAUGCCAAUGAUGAUGAUAUAUCAUCCGGACUGACUUUGCCAGAGUUAUUGGAUGAAAUUAAAAACUUUGUUCACGGUGGCUUUGACACAACAGCCACUGUUCUAGCCUGGUUAAUGCAUUUUGCAUCGAAACAUCCGCACGUACAACAACGUAUCAAAGAUGAACUCCGUGAGCAUGAUCUUAUCCCAGUUAGUGAUAAUGUCGCUCUUAAUUUGGAUGUUCUCAAUUCACUCAUCUAUGUGAAUUGUGUGAUUAAAGAAGUAUUUAGGUGCGCACCGAUCAUUCCAGGUUUAUCACGCACCGCUCUCUGCGAUGGUCUGAUCGAUGGGACGAUCCAUGUGAAGAAAGAUGACACUGUUCUUAUUCCAAUAUAUAAUAUUCAUUCGGAUCCAAGAUAUUGGCACAUUGAUCCAUCAAAAUUCGUGCCUGAACGAUUUUUGCAUGAAGACAAAGAUCAUCAUCCAUUUGCUUUUAUACCAUUUGGCGGAGGUCAUCGAGCAUGUGCUGGUCAAGAAUUGGCCUGGCUCGAGUUGAAGACUAUCGUUACACGACUGAUGCAACGUGUGACAUUCGAAGACACGGGGAUGGAAGACAAUUCAGGCGGAUAUGAUCAACAAAUGCUUUGCUAUCCCAAACAUUUGGCUGUAAAUGUACGCGUUGAUAACGAAUGA